ACUAAGCUGCCAACCUCAGAAUGCUGAUAGCUGCCUUUCUAUGUCAUCUCAGUGAGUUAUGGAUGCACUGAAGAGAAGAUGUUGAUGUAGAACUUGUCUUCUUCCUAAGAUGUGCUCUCUUUAUGUAUGACAAGAGCUACGACAGUGAGAUCUCAGUCGCAGAAUCAAGAGAGGAGAUCAUAUAUAGGAUUCGAGUCCCUGACUGAGAUAGAAAUAUAUAGAGAGGGUAUGCAAUGUUAGGCCCUCCAUCACCAGCUCCGUCGACACAUCUCGGUGGCACCACCAUCUCGUCGACCUUUCCGCAGCACAGUGCCACGAACAGCAAGAAAAAGCGAAGGCCGGCGGGCACUCCAGAUCCGGAUGCGGAGGUGGUGGCGCUGUCGCCGAGGACGUUGCUGGAGUCGGACCGGUACGUGUGCGAGAUCUGCAACCAGGGGUUUCAGAGGGACCAGAAUUUGCAGAUGCACCGGCGGCGGCACAAGGUGCCGUGGAAGCUGCUGAAGCGGGAGGCGGCGGAUCAGGUGCGGAAGCGGGUGUUCGUGUGCCCGGAGCCGACCUGCCUUCACCACGACCCCGCCCACGCCCUCGGCGACCUGGUCGGCAUCAAGAAGCACUUCCGACGCAAGCACAGCAGCCACCGGCAGUGGGUCUGCGCCAGGUGCUCCAAGGCCUAUGCGGUGCAGUCCGACUACAAGGCCCACCUCAAGACCUGCGGCACCCGCGGCCACUCCUGCGACUGCGGCCGUGUCUUCUCCAGGGUGGAGAGCUUCAUCGAGCACCAAGACACGUGCACGGCCGGCCAAGCCCGGGCGCAGCUCCAGUUAACUACCCAGCCACCGGCAUGCCUGUCGAGGACGACCUCAACCACGAGCCGAUCGAGCGACACCAACUUCAGCCCCAGAGUGUGGCCUGGUCUGAGAAUGCAAACUCCGGCGGCCGCGGUCUUCGUUACCCGGCCUGAUCAACCGCCCUCGUCGCGUCCCGAUCAAUUCUGCACUCAGAGCAUCGAGCUCCAGCUCCUGCCUCCACCCAGCAGACGGCAUACCCCACUCUCCUCCUCCGCAUUACUGUCUACCGCCAUCGAGGAAGCCAAAGCCACCAAAUUGCAGCUGUCGAUCGGUCCCGCUGCUGAUCCCGCGCUUUCCGAGGACUCGCAGUCGGCCGCCGCUCGUCUCAAAGACGAAACGGAGCAGCAGCUAAAGCUCGCCGUGGCCGAGAAAGCACUGGCAGAAGAGGCGAGGCAGCAAGCUCGGCGACAGCUCGAAUUAGCCGAGCACGAGUACGAGAAGGCCAAGGGAAUGCGGCAACGAGCCCAGCAGGAGCUGGAUCGAGUUCACGCCGUGAGGGAGCAGGCGGUGAAGCAGAUCAACUCGACGCUGCUACAAAUCACCUGUUACGCCUGCAAGCAGCAGUUCCAGGCAAAGUCCGCGAUGGCCUCAGAGGUGAACUCCUUGGUCGUGAGCUACAUGUCGGUGAUGACGGAGGGGGAAGAGGACAACGAUGACCAUGGCGAUCCACGAAAGAUCUCCAGGUCACAGCUUCCCAGUACUAGUUAAGACUCCAAAGUUACGUUCCCUUCUUUUCCUAUAGUGGGUGAUGCAUGUAAUUUACCUUGAGCUUUCAAUGUGCACGUCGACGGUGGUAUCGUGACAUGCAAUUGUGCUUUCUAUUUCUAUUGGAUAACG